AGACGAAAACCAAAAUAAUGGAAGAGAUAACCGGCGGGAAAACGGGGUUGUGACGCCUCCGACCGAAAUUACCAUCUCCGAUUUUGGCGGCAGCCGGCGAGUGGCCGUCCUCGUCAACUCAACGGAUUAAACGACCUUCUAAUUCUGGAUAAAGCAAACAACGUAACUUUCAGCUUCUCGAUCAUUUCAACCUUGAUCUACCCGCGCAAUUCCUUUCUUUCUCGAAUCUAUCAACAAUGAACGAGGUGAUUACGGCGGGAGAUGCGUCGUCAACCCUACGAUCCUACUCCGUGCAACCGUCCGUUACGCUCUCUAACCUCACCCUGGUCACCGCUCUCCUCUCCUGCGCUCUCGCCCAGUUUCUCAAGUUUUUUACCGCCUGGUAUAAGGAGAAGAGAUGGGAUUCUGGAAAGAUGCUUAGCUCCGGCGGAAUGCCAUCUUCACAUUCAGCAACGGUUAGUGCCCUUGCAGCGGUAAUUGGAUUUCAAGAUGGAGCUGGAGGAUCAGCAUUUGCUAUUGCAGUGGUUUUGGCAUGUAUUGUAAUGUAUGAUGCUACUGGUGUUAGGCAUCAUGCUGGUAGGCAAGCAGAAUUGUUAAAUCAAAUUGUAUGUGAACUGCCGCCUGAACAUCCUGUGUCUAGCAUUAGACCUCUGAGAGAUUCCCUUGGUCACACACCUCUUCAGGUUCUUGCUGGUGCUUUGCUGGGAUGUGUAGUUGCAUAUCUAAUGAAAUGGUCAACCUAGGAUGCAGAAUCAGCAUUCAUUCAUUCCUUUGCAAAUACACCAGUAUCAUAGCGUGAAGUUCAAGCUCAUUUCCCAGGUGAAGUGUAUUAUAAUUUCAUAGAAGAAGAGUCUUGAGCAAUUUGGGCUUCUGAUAACUGUACAAAUUAUAAUUCUUAUGAAAUUAGGUAGUUUCUUCCUCCUUUGGGGAAGGUAGCACAGUUGCAGCUAAAUCUGUCGUUGUA